UAGGGUGACAGGAUCUCCACCAUGCUUCGCUGUGGAUUGCUGCUGCUGCUGGCAUUUGUGUGCAUCAACGGGGCCCCCGUGAACUCCUCCCUGGAGCCGGGCAACUGCCAGGACCCCUUCACGCAGUCGGCCGCCGAACAGGCCCUGGACCGGAUCAACCGGGACCGCCGUCAGGGAUACGUCUUCGCCCCCCACAGACUCAACAGCGCCCACCACACCAAGCAUGGCCCUACAGGGGUGGUGUUUUACCUCAUCCUGGAUGUGCAGGAGACUAAGUGCCACGUUCUGAGCAAGAGAGUGUGGAAGAGCUGUGAAGUGCGACAGGAAAGCGAGACCCCGGUCUAUGGCCAAUGCUCGGCCAUAAUCUACAUUAACAAAGUGAAGAGGAUCGUCCAAUUGUACAGCUACAACUGCAGUGUGAGAUCAGUCCCGAGCUCCAGAAUCGUUACAGUUUGCCCUGACUGCCCCACUACGGUGUCCAAUGACGAAGAGGGCGUUCUGACGACGGUGAAGAUGGCUAUGGAGAAGUAUAACAGGGAGAGCGGGAACGCAAAUUAUUUCGCCUCUCUAGACAUCACAAAAGCGUCUUAUCAGGGCGGGAUCGCGGAAUUCUGGUUCGCCGAUUUCACCAUUCAGGAAACGGCGUGCUCCAACGGGACGGACGUCGCCCAAGCCGCGAAGUGCGCUCUGAUGGAUUGUGAGUUUGCGCACAAAGGUCACUGCACAGCCUCUCACAUCCUGGCUGAGCAGUCCAUCACAAUAGAGUGUGAAAUCUUCGAACCUGAGGGGGCGGAGAAAGAGAAGCAGAGGCAUCUGUUGGGCGGGGAACAUGACCACAGUCACAACGACACCCAGGACCACACCCACGGCGAAGCCCACGAACACGACCACACCCAUGGCCAUGGCCAAAUCCAUUACCACACCCACGAGCAUGACCACGCCCAUCACCACGACAACCAUGCCCACACCCAUAACAACGACCACACCCACGACCAUGCCCACGAGCAUGACAAAGCCAACAACCACACCCACAACCACACCCACGACCAAGAACACACCCACGAACACGCCGACGACCAUGCUCACAACAGCACCCACGACCACUCCCACGACCACAUCCAUUACUACGGAGACCACCACCACCAUCACCACCACCAUCACCACGGCAACCACACGCACGCGCACGAGCACUUCCACGACCACAUGCACAACCACACGCACCUCCACCCUCACGAGCACCACCACCACCACCACGACCACGACCAGGGGAAGACCGUGAAAGGAUCGCUCGGCAGUGUGCGUUACCUCCCUGACCUGGACAGGCCGGUCACCCAGCCAUCCUUCCCAGACCGGCCAGAGCUAGAGAGGCUGGUGAUCAUGCCCUCCUUCCCCAAGGAGCCAGCCGGCCCCAGCCAGGCCGUCACCCUGCCCGCGUUCCCAGACACCGAAACCCCCAACCAGGAGGACAAGCCCCACAUUUUGCCCUUCCCCACCGGCGAUGUUCCCCGGUCCCCACAGUGCUUGAUAAAGCCCAAGGGAAAGGGGGGUCUCUACGACGACCUGCUGCAGCAGGACCCCGAGUUCAAACCCAAGGCCACCGUGUGAACGCCCUUCUCCUGGCCUGACGCCCGAGCCCUAAUCCUGCCCAUGCUGCCCAACCCUGUUCCUGGAGGUCUACCUUCCUGUAGGUCUUCACUCCAACACUAAAAAAGCACACCUCAUUCAACAGCUAGAUAGAUCUCAUUGAGCUGCUGAUUGGUUGAAUCUGGCACUGAAAACCUCUACAGGGCGGUAGAUCUCCAGGAACAGGGUUGGGCAGCCCUCCUCUGCAUUUUCCCAACCGGAAGUUCUGGCUCCCAGCUCGGCAAAACCAAAUUCAUUAUGCGGCACAACCUUACAGUGGCAACGAAAGUUCUGCAUCAUAACACAACUGCUACAUACUGGAACCACCUGUAGUUACCAAACAUAAUGGAUGGAAGGAAACAAAAAGCUAAGAAUCUGUGUUCACUGCACACAGUGCACCCUUGCAUUCUGGGAAAUAAAGCAAGUUGGUUAUAAUGUCAUUUCAGUGAUGUUUUUUUAUACCAAGCAUGUUGAAUAUCUAUAAAAGAACACACUGAAUGUGUAACACAUUAAAAUUGUCUUGUUUUUCCAAAUUAAAAAAUGUGGUGCCUAAACAA